AAAAAAAAUCUUGCGCUGAGUUAAGCUCAAAGCCAAGUAAACAAAAACAUCUUUUGCGCUGGGUAAAACUCAAAGCCAAGAAAAAAAAAUCUUGCGCUGAGUUAAGCUCAAAGCCAAGUAAACAAAAAAAAAAAAGAAAAAAGUUGGCAACGCUGUUCAAACUAAUGCUGACGGAAAGUUGAUGAUUCUUUUUUUAACGUGUAGAAUGACAUUUAAUUUGAGCUGCUCGAAAAUCUCAAUUCUCAAAUCGAAAAAUAAAAUAGAGGAUAAAUCCGUUUUGAAAGUAAACGAGGUUGUGAACGCUAGAAACAACGCGCAUAAUUUUCUAUACAGAAGAAGUUCUCCUUUGUGGUGAUACGGUGAAAAAUGAGUGGUUGUUGGGAAGAAACGGACGUUUUGCCUAGCGGUGGUGAAGAUGCAGAAGUCCACCAGGCAAAAGUGCCUAGAUACGAUGAUAGGGCGAACGGGCUACGCAAGGGCUACAACAGAAUGGCUGUCAGGUUCUUGGCCAUUGAGGCAAUUUGAUGGAUCAUUACCUACUAACAGUGUUGGUAAAAACUCAAAAUCUCAAAACUCAUGGAUGAUUCAAAUCAAGCGUGAGUUGAAACGCACCCAACUCAGCACCUAAAAACUCAUGGAUGAGUUGAAUCAUCCAUUUGAAUCAUCGCAGGUUUUCUUUUGUUCUCCUUCGUUAAAAACAGUGAAAUGACGUUUGUCGCAUACAAUAUUAGACACUCUUUUAUGUAUAAGCAAUAAAUUUCCCCCAAAUUGAUUUUACAUGCGUUUUUGAGCCAAAAUGAUUUUUGGCAAAUGAGUGAGAUGAUGCGUUUUAGCAUGAAAAAUUCAAGCGUGAUGCAUUCCUUCAAAAUCGCAGACGAUUUCAUUCACACGGGAGCGCUCGUUGAUUGAGAUUUAUGAGUGAUUUUACCAACACUGCCUACUAAUAAAAGAAAGGCGGAGUGGAUGCGAUAUCGCGAUCAGUUCGAGCGUAUAGUCUCUUGCAAGCCACCAGUCGAUGAAGAAACAAAGCUAACAGGGUUAAAGAUAUUCGCCGGCGAUUACUUGCUGAGCAUUAUUGAGAUGCAGCAAAAAUCGGUGCCAGAUUCAUCAAGAGAGGUGUACCGGGCUACGAUCAAGGCACUUGAUAAAUACUUCAGUCAAUCAUGCGAUGUUGUGAAAGAACGUAUGAAAUUCAGAGAGCUAAGAAUGAAAUCAUCGGAGUCGUUUCCUGAUUUUGUACUUAGAUUGGAGACGCAAGCAAAGUUUUGCGAUUUUGGACGGGAACAACGCGAGGAAGAAUUUGUACAAGCUCUCCUGCGACGAUCUGUUCCGGGUAUUUCUGAGAAGUUGUACGAAAUGUCAGAUUUCUUCGAAAAUGAUUUGGAACGCAUUGUCAAUCACGGAAAACAUCUAGACUACAUCAGAACAGAAGCUGUAGAAUCAAAGGUAACGCAUGAGCAAGGUCAAAUAAACGAUGAGCCGGAACGUGAUGUAUCCAAUGUCAAAGCAGUCAACGCUAUUCAUACGGGAAGAAAGAGUUUCAGGAGUGACCAUCACGAUCGUGCCAAGUAUGUGGACGGACGCAACGGCUUAAGUGAGACUAGUACUCGGAAACGACCAUGGGACAACAGACAGUCGGCGCGGCAAGCUUGCCCUAAGUGUGGUAGUGUCCACGGUCCGAGAGAUUGUAAAGCUUUUCGUGCGAAAUGUUACAAUUGUGGCAAGCUGAAUCACUUUGCAGAAUUUUGUUAUUCGUCACGGAGAUGGAAGAACGCACGAUACCGCCUGAAUGCCGAUUUAGGAGAGGACAUGAAAAAGGAAGCUGGAAUAAUUAACCAGGUAGAUAGCAUUUGA